AAACAUUCUGAAUCUGAACGCGAGCGCAGUUUGUUGUGAAUCCAUUUGCGUGCCGUAGUCGCCUAGCGUGGGUCGAAACUAUCGUAAUUAUCGUCGGUCAGCUGAGCCCCGAGUCUCAGUGCCGCCUCUGUCUGGUCUUGGCCAUCAAUUCACCAAAAAAAAAAACAUAAAACACACAACACAAACAAAACACAUACAUAAAAUACUUAAAUAAUUGCGUUGGGAAAUGUGCGGCUAAAUGGCAACGUAAUCAUCGUAACGGCAACCAAAAACAAACGUCUAAAUAAUAGUAGAAAGUUUUUUAUUGUUUAAAAAAGCUCUAGCCCUGCUCUGCUCAGCGGAGCAGCUGCCGAAAAUCGAAACCAAAGCAUCGCAUCCACCGGACUUCACAGCUUGCGUUUUUGCGUGCGAUAAAAAGAAAAGAAAUUCGCGCUUUUGCCUUUCUUCUUCUUCUCCCCCAUUGGUAUAUGUGUGUUGGUGUGCUGCUGUGCAUCUGUGUGAAGAGCAAACAAAAUUGGAACCGAAUUAACGUCGCUCAGUCGAUAAGCCCCCAUAAAAAGAUACGCAAUAAAUUUAGUAGUAGAAAUAACAAUAACAGCAUCAUGUCCGGCCCAUUGCCCGAAAUCAGCGCGGAACAGCGCGCCACACUGGAACAGUUCCGCAAGCAGAUGGACGAUGCGCUCGUCGACACUCACGAUGAUUACUUCCUACUGCGCUGGCUGAGAGCCCGCAAAUGGAACUUGGAGGCAGCUGAGAAAAUGCUGAGAGCUAGCCUGAAGACACGAGCCAUGUGGAAUGUGGACAACAUCGACAAGUGGGAACCUCCAAAGGCUCUGAAGGAGUAUUUGCCGUAUGGCCUGAUGGGCUACGACAAGGAAGGAUCGCCAGUGCUGGUGUGUCCCUUCUACAACUUCGACAUCUGGGGCAUGAUGCACUGCGUCACACGCUUCGAGUUCCAAAAGUAUCUGGUUCUGCUCCUCGAACAAUUCAUGAAGACCGCCUACGAGCAGAGUCUGGAUCAUGGCUGGAAGGCCCGUCAGCUAGUGGUAUUCUUCGACAUGCAGGAUGUGAAUCUGAAGCAAUACGCCUGGCGUCCGGCGGCGGAGUGUAUCAUCUCCACGGUGAAGCAGUACGAGGCCAACUUCCCGGAGCUGCUCAAGAUGUGCUACAUCAUCAAUGCGCCAAAGCUUUUUUCCGUGGCCUUCAACAUAGUGAAAAAGUUCCUGGACGAGAACACCACCAGCAAGAUUGUCAUCUACAAGUCGGGCGUGGACAAGUGGCAGCAACAGAUUUUCUCGCAUGUGAAUCCCAAGGGGUUCCCCAAGGCCUGGGGUGGCGAACUGGUUGACAAGCUGGGAGAUCCGCAGUGCAAGUCGAUGAUGGUCUGGGGUGGUAAGCUGCCCGAGGAUCUCUUCAUCGACCAGAGUAGCCAGCAGAGUGAUAAGGACUUCACCGACACCCAGGUGCCUAAGGGGGACAAACUGAAGCUUCACUUUAAAGUCAAUCUGGAAGAACAAAAGGUACUUUCCUGGGAAUUCCGGACCAUCGACUACGACAUCAAGUUCGGCAUCUACAGUGUGGACGAGAAGUCGGGCGAAAAGCGCAGCGAGGUCCCCUUGGGCACAGUCUACUCCAACGAAAUGGACGAGAUUGGCUACAUUUCCACGCGACCCAACACCACCUACACUGUUGUCUUUGACAACUCUGCCAGCUAUCUGCGCGGCAAGAAGCUACGCUACUGGGUCGAUCUGGUCUCGGACGAGGAGGAGGGCAUCUCGGAGCUGACCAACCAAAUGGACAACACACAGCUUGCGGCACAGCAAUAGUUGGGUUGGGGAGACGGAGACCCCGGUCCGACCAGCAACUAAGCCAAAUACAAAAGGGAUCAGAUAGAUAUUCGAUAUAUAUAUAUAUAUUAUAGCAACAAUAACUAACCUCGGGUGCAUCAAAGUCACAAUUCACUUGCUAGAGAUCUCCUCCUGCCUCCCAGCUACCUCUCUAUCUCUGGCAGUCGGGGCGGAUGGCAGCAUCUGGCGAAGCUGUAAAAAACCAUGUGAUACAAUCAUUAGUAACGAAGAAACAAAAGUACGACUCACACUUACCAAUACACCUACACCUACACUUAAACCUACAUCUAGUUAGUAUUUUGAUUACAUACUCGUACCUAGCCGCACUUUGUAUUGUUUAAAUGGAUCAUCUUGGAUGUGGAUGUGUAUUCAGCGGCGUAUAGCACAAUAAACCGUAAACACAAAAUCACAAUGCAUUCUAUUGGCCUGAAUUGCUCCCAAACUGGAGCUCAAAACAACAACAAAAAAACACACAAUUGGUUACAUUUCUUGAUAAGUAUCAACAUUUCCGUUCGCUUCCAAGAAUCUCCAGAUAUCAAGGGGAUCGAUCCCCUUGUACAUAUGUAGAUCUUCCUGGGAGCGAGCACAGGAAAU